CCAGGCCGCCUCCCGCUCGCCGCCGAUGAGCUCCGGGCCCGGGGCCGAGGAGGGGCCGCGGGGCUGCGUCGGGGCCCCGCUCUCGACGGCGUCUCGGGCCGGCUCCAUUUUGUGCGGGGAGCCGGCCGAGGGGCGGGAGACGCGGCCCGGACCCUGGCCUCGUAGCCCCGGCCGCGGCGCGUGUCCCCGGGGGCGUCCCCCUCCGCCCGCGGGGCUGUGGCGGGGCCCGGCGCUUUGUCUGCCCGCACAUCCCGGGGGCCGCGCAGCGGGUGGGAGGCAGGCGUUGGGCGCGGGGCCGGGGCGGCCGGCCGAGUCAGGGGAUGCGCUCUGGGGGCGGCCUCCCGGCACUCGCAGGGCUGACAGGUCGCCCGGAACGGGCCGUGGGGCCGGGGCCACCCAGGCACCUGCGUGGGGAGGAAGGCAUGGCUUUGGCUUCCUCGCAGCCUGGUUUGCGCGUAAAGAAUGCAGCCAUCUGGCGGCUUGCGGUCCCUGGACUUGCCCCGAAGGUUGAAAUCACAAAGAUUAGACACCUUUUUAGAUAGGUGUUCUUCAGCACCACUGACAACACGGUUCUGACAGUAUUUCAUGACAAUGGAUGGUGACAGUUCUACAACAGAUGCUUCUCAACUAGGAAUCUCUGCAGACUAUAUUGGAGGAAGUCAUUAUGUUAUACAGCCUCAUGAUGAUACUGAGGACAGCAUGAAUGAUCACGAAGACACAAAUGGUUCAAAAGAAAGUUUCAGAGAACAAGAUAUAUAUCUUCCAAUAGCAAACGUGGCUAGGAUAAUGAAAAAUGCCAUACCUCAAACGGGAAAGAUUGCAAAAGAUGCCAAAGAAUGUGUUCAAGAAUGUGUAAGUGAGUUCAUCAGUUUUAUAACAUCUGAAGCAAGUGAAAGGUGCCAUCAAGAGAAACGGAAAACAAUCAAUGGAGAAGAUAUUCUCUUUGCUAUGUCUACUUUAGGCUUUGACAGUUAUGUGGAACCUCUGAAAUUAUACCUUCAGAAAUUCAGAGAGGCUAUGAAAGGAGAAAAGGGAAUUGGUGGAGCAGUCACAGCUACAGAUGGACUAAGUGAAGAGCUUACAGAGGAGGCAUUUACUAACCAGUUACCAGCUGGCUUAAUAACCACAGAUGGUCAACAACAAAAUGUUAUGGUUUACACAACAUCAUAUCAACAGAUUUCUGGUGUUCAACAAAUUCAGUUUUCAUGAUCUGAAGAAAUGAUGGAAUGGGGAGUGUAGAGAAAUGAGAGUCUGUAUGAUUCUGGAACAGAGACAUCAGAAGGAAAGACUGGUGAAAAGAUGUAUCUUUGUAUAUUAAUAGCUGUAAUGUAGCUUCCUGAUGCUUGACUAAUUGAGGUGUUAAUUCUGACUUGAGAAUCUUUUUCAUGAAUGAUUUUAAAGAAAAAUUUGGAUUUUAAAGGUAUUAAAAUAUUUUUGUUUUGUACGAGAGUUUGUUGCUCUGUAUGACUCCUGUAUGCAUUGUAUAUUGCAAUUUAUUACUGUCAGAGAUUUGUAGACAGUUUCUUAUUUUCAUAUUGAAUCAUGUUACUUUUGUAAUUCAAGUAAGCAGCUGGGUUAAUUCAUGAUGUUUGCCCUUUUAAUAAAGUAUAAGGGUAGAUUUCAUUUUGAAUGCAAGUUGCCUUUAUUAUAAAUUUGAGUUUGUCUUGGUUAUACCUUGCAUGAUAACCUAGAUUUCUAGCAUUUGCUGUAUUUAUUAAAAUUAUUAUUUUUUGGUAAAACAUUAAUAGUUUAAGCAGCAUCAUUUUUAAAACAAAUGUAAUUGAAUAAGUGUGAAUGCAGAAGCAAAUAUUGUCUGCCCUGUUAAACUUGGUGCCCAUUAACAGUGUUUACACUGUUCAUUGUGCCUGUUAAUGUAGUUUUAGUUAUUGGAGCUUUUUUAAGACUAGAUUUGGUUUUGAGUUACCAAUUUAAGUUACCCAUUUUUAAGAAUGUGGGAAUACAUUUAAGUUUAAUGUAGUCCUAGUGCUCUUGAAAUGGUGCCCCUUUCAUUUGGUACAUGAUUUUUUUUCAAAUCAUAUCUUCAAAUACUAUAGUAUCCUCUUACAGAAGAGGAGUUUUGCAGUCUGAUGGUAAAUGUCUUCAUUUUACCUUUUUAAUUGAAAUGUCAAGUUUCCUGUUACACUAUGGAAACCAAGAAACAUCAGACAUCAUUGCGUGUACAGACCUUUUGCAUGGGUGAGUGAAUGAAAUGGAGAACAGAGUGAGUGAUGUGAACGGUGUGAAAUAGAAGCCGCCAACUUCUAGUAUGCUGUCUUCAUCUCUGCAAUAAACUAAACGUAGAUAAUGUAACUUUGUAUAAUUUAGUAGUAUGUACUUGGAUUGUUUCUUUUUGAAAAGUGAGGAUUUGUAUUUUCUCAUCUAUUCUUUUUGGUGUUAAUUAACUUGACGGAUUUUUUUUUAAGUUUUUAAUAUCAAAAAUUGCUAUUGUAUAGUUUGCCUAAAAGGAAGUUGGAGUGAAUAUCAUCUUUGAAGGACACUCAAAUUUAUAAGGUAGAAGCAAUUUCCCAGAUAUAGGCUGAACAGAAACAUUUACUUUGCCAGAAGGAGACUUUAGGAGUAUAUUUGCGCUAAUCAGAGAUUAAUAAUGUCCUCAUCUCCUACUCUCCAUUUAAAAAAAAUCUUCAUUAUAGUAAAUUCAAAUAGGAAAAAAUGGGGAAGUAGUUAAGCAAAAUCAACAAUCAUCCUACUAUGUUGAAAGAACCAGUGUUAAUAUUUUGAUAAAUAUCAUUUGUCCUUUUACUUUGCUAAAUAUGUAUAUUUUUAUAAAAAUGGGCUCAUAUUGUGCAUACUGUUUUGUAACCUGCUUUUUUCACUUAACAAUAUAUUGCGAACAUCUUUUCCAGGUCAUGCAUAGUCUACUGCAUCAUUUUUAUUGGUUUAUUAUUCUGUUGUAUGACUCAAUCAUAAUUUAUUUAAUCUUCUAUUGGAUAUUUUGACUAUUUACAUCUUUUCACAGUUAUAAACAGCACUGCACUGAAUCUCAUGUACAUCCAUGACUGUUUUCUUAAAUUCUUAGAAUUGCUGGGUUACCAAAUAUGCAAAAUUUUAAGGCUUUCGAUACUUUGUUAUGAGUGUAUUUUUGAGAUAUUUUCCACUUGAUCCAAGCAGUAUGUCACUAUAUAACUGAUAAAAGCACUUGGACUUUGGUUAUCAGA